UCUUGCCGAUGCGAGCAUGUUUGGGCGCCGGGCCACCGGGUCGGGAAUAGGUGGUUGAUGGUGUCGGAAGGGGCAGCACCAGUUUCCACAGAGUCGUCUGACUGGGAACAGCAGCACCAUUAGUGCCCUGGUGUGCACAGCUUCCCACCACUGUGCAGGCCUCACAGCUGGCUUAUUGCGCCUGAGCCCGGCGCUGAGCGGCGGCUGGAGCCGGAGAGCGCACUCCCCACUGUGCGCUGCCGCCGGUCGCGGCCCGAGCGCGCCGCCCCCCGGCCGUCCAGUGGCCUCCCUGCCGCCCGCCGCCGGCGCCCGGCCCGCGGCCAUGCCGCUGGUCAGCCGCGCGCGCGUCUACGCCGACGUCAACUCGCACCGACCACGCGACUACUGGGACUACGAGUCUCACGUGGUCAACUGGGGGCAACAAGAUGACUAUCAGUUAGUGCGCAAGCUAGGUAGAGGAAAAUAUAGUGAAGUCUUUGAGGCCAUCAACAUAACCAAUAAUGAAAAAUGUGUGGUCAAAAUUUUGAAGCCAGUGAAGAAAAAGAAGAUCAAGCGAGAGAUAAAAAUCCUGGAGAACCUACGCGGUGGCACGAACGUCAUCAGCCUGCAGGCAGUGGUCAAGGACCCGGUGUCCCGGACGCCCGCGCUCAUCUUCGAGUAUGUCAACAACACAGACUUCAAGCAGUUGUAUCAAACACUCAACGACUAUGACAUUAGGUACUACCUCUACGAGCUGCUGAAGGCGCUCGACUACUGCCACAGCAUGGGCAUCAUGCACCGGGACGUGAAGCCCCACAACGUGAUGAUCGACCACGAGAACCGCAAGCUGCGCCUCAUCGACUGGGGCCUGGCCGAGUUCUACCACCCGGGCCAGGAGUACAACGUGCGCGUCGCCUCGCGCUACUUCAAGGGCCCCGAGCUACUCGUCGACUACCAGAUGUACGACUACUCGCUGGACCUGUGGUCGCUGGGCUGCAUGCUGGCCUCGAUGAUCUUCAGGAAGGAGCCGUUCUUCCACGGCCACGACAACUACGACCAGCUGGUGCGGAUAGCCAAGGUGCUCGGCACCGAGGAGCUGUUCGAGUACCUGGACAAGUACCAGAUUGAGCUGGAUCCUCGCUUCAACGAUAUACUCGGCAGGGGCUCCGCCAAGGUGUCCAAGUUGGGGGGACCAACGAUGAAAAAUGGACAUUCCCGGAAGCGCUGGGAGCGGUUCGUGCACGCCGACAACCAGCACCUGGUGUCGGCCGAGGCGCUCGACUUCCUCGACAAGCUGCUACGCUACGAUCACCAGGAGCGGCUGACGGCCCGCGAGGCCAUGGAGCACCAGUACUUCUACCCGAUCGUGAAGGACUCUGCGCGCCAGCAGUCCAUGUCCUCGUCGCCGACGCCAAUGUCGAGUGCCGUGGCCGGCGCGCUGGUGGCCAACUCUGUGGGCGGCGGUCUGCCCAGCUCGCCCAUCCUGUCGCCCGGCGCGCCACCGCUGGCCGCCGCCACCAGCAACCAGUGAGCCGGCCGGCCGGCCCGGCAACCCACCAACCAGCCGACCAGGCGACCGGCCGGCCGGCCAGCGGGCCGAGAGCCGUGAGGGGCGGCCCGCGCCGCGGCGGUGGGCCGGCUGACUGGAGCUGUGAUCCCUCGGCGUGCCGCCCCGAUCCGACCUGACCUGACCCGACCCGACCCGAGGCCGCGGCAGUGAUGGCGGCGCCGCCCCGCCUCGGCAGACUGUACAUGUUUGCAAAUAUUUAACAUUUUCCAUCGGUUUUGUUGAGCGACGGUGUCCCACUGGUGUCGACAGCAGCUAGUACGCGGUGGCCGCGGUGCGCGCGCGGGCGCCGCGGCGGCGGCGAGCUGGACAGGGACCAGGCGGGCGCCCCCGGCUGGCGCCGAGUCGCCUCCGCCGGAGGCCGCGGCGGCCUGUCGGGCGCGCGGGCAGAAUUGAAUAAAGUCGAAUUUGA